AUGAAAUCGUUAAAGAAAAGCUCGCUGCUACGAUUAGCUUCAACAUCGGCUUUCUUUUCAGCUUCAACAAGUCAUCAUAUUUUUCAAUCAAAAUUCUAUUCCAGUUCUCAAUACGAUGUCAAAUCUUCUGGAAUUGCAAAGGAAAAGGUGGAGAAGAAGUUGAGUAAAAUUGAAAGACUCUUUUCCAAGAAUACAUCAUCCAAGAAGAAGAAUUAUCAAACAGUAGAGGCACAAACCAAAGCUCCGAGCCCUCUUGCAACUCCACUUCCUCCAUCAAGCGGUACAUCAACAAAAUCAAAACAAAAACUUCCAGAAAAUGAAAUGAUAAAUAGUUUAAUUAGUGGUUCUGGUGUAAAUUUAACACCAGAAGAAAUUGAAAAAGCAAAGGACACCCUAAACCCUUCCAAAAAGCAAUCCUCCAUAACAUCUCCAAUUUUAGGAAACAGAUCGUUUUCAGAAGAUGAAGUAGAUGAUGCCUGGAUGGAACAAAUGAAAGGCCCUUUUUAUUAUCGAACAAUAAUUAGAUUAAUUGAGAAGCAGAGAUAUCUUUCCGAACAAGAUAGAAAUUCUCUAAUAAGCUAUGUCAAAAAGGAAUUCAGGGAUAGAAGUAAAAAUGUAGAAGCUCAAUAUCAAAUAGCAGAUAACUUUGUUCACAUAAUGAGGGCAAAAGAUUUAAAAAGUGCUCAAAUUACUACUGAUGCUUUGGAUAAUAAUCAAUUGGAUGAAUCAAAAGAAUUGACCUAUUGGAAUGAAUACUACAAACAACAUGGAUAUGUAGAGGAAUGGUAUUGUGAUUGGGAUGUAAUUAAAAGCUAUCUUCCAGAAGCAAUUCUAAAGUUAAAAACCAAACCAAACAAGGAGUCUUUACAAAUUUUAGAUAUUGGUUGCGGCUUGUCAACAGUUUCAUUACAUUUAACAGGUCAUAUGGAAAAGCAGCUUUGCUCAGUUACAUCAAUUGACAUUAGUAAUAUGUUGAUAGCCCUGAUGUCUGAUUCGUAUGCUGAUAUUGCUGAUAUAAUUUCUUUCAAACAAAUGGAUGUUAGAGAUUUGUCUUUUGAGGACAAUACUUUUGAUUUUAUUUUUGAUAAGGCAACUUUUGAUAGCAUACUGUCUUUUGAUUCUUCAACCAUUUCAGAUCUCACCUCCUAUGAAUCUGAAGUUUAUAGGACCCUAAAACCUGGUGGUGUUUUAAUGCUUUGUAGUGUAAAUCCUUUUGAGGGCAUUGAAGGGUUCUUCUCUGGACAGACCUGGUCAAGCAUAAAAUUAGCAGGAAGUAAAAACCUAUUGGAAGACCACACUACCAAUAAUAGAAGUUUACAACUAGCAGAUGACAGUGUGCUUGGAAAUGCAUUCCUACAUUUUUAUCAUAUCAAAAAGCCAACCGAAUAA